CCCUACGCCAUCGCUAUGGUGACCGGCUCCGCGUCCUGCUCCUGCACCGGCGUGCUGGGGAGAGAAAAGAGUGCAGCCGGGGCACAUGGCUGAUGUCUUAGUACUGCGGGCUCUCCGGGGUAAGGCCAGGAGCCUGAACCUGAGCGGGAAGAAGCUGCAGCGGGUUCCCGGGGCUGUGGGUCAGCUCAUCCAGCUAACUGCCCUACAGCUGAAGAAUAACUUGCUGUGCCAACUGCCCGCAGAGGUGGCAGCACUGAGCAACCUGACAGUCUUAAACUUGGGGAACAACAACUUUAUGAAGGUCCCAGAAGAGCUGAAGCAUCUACAUUCCCUGCGGACGCUGCACAUGUUUGGGAACAAGAUCAGUGAAAUACCAGCGGAUGUAUUUGAUGGAUUAGAAAAUCUGAUCUCUCUGAACUUGAACAACAACCUACUGGAGCAUCUUCCCUCUGACAUUCACAAGUUGCAACUUCUUGAAAAACUUAGUAUAAACCAUAAUUGUCUGAAAGACAUCCCAAAAGAACUGUGCUACCUGCAAAACCUGUGCGAGCUGCACCUAGCAAACAACCAGCUGGAAACAUUACCAGAGCAGAUAGGCUAUCUGACCAAUCUGACGGAACUGCAGGUUUAUCGGAACAAUCUGAUUGUGCUUCCAGAGAGGCUGUGUAGACUAAGGAAGCUGAGAAUUCUAGACGUUGCAGGAAACCAAAUCCAGGCGUUUCCAUCCCGAAUGCAUGAGGUCCCGCUACAAGAACUGUACUGUGAGGAGAAUCCUCUGCUGCAGAAACAGCCGGUGUCUGCCAUUCAGGAUGAAGAAAUCCUGUCUCUGAAGGAAAUAACGGCAAGAUUCAUCUUGAGCCAUCUGCAGGGCAGAGACUCAUUUCUGCGAGAGCAAAUCAAGUAUUAUCCAGAUGCCCGGGCUCUGCUUUCCAGUAGGAAUAUCUGUGCUCUGUGUGGAAAAUGGUUUCUAGAUAUGUGGCUGGAAUGCGUCAAGUUUGUGGAACUGAAAAAGAAAAUGAAGACAUCAGCCAAUUUACAGCUGUUACCAGUGAAGGUUUUACUAUGUUCCUACAGCUGCUUUAAUCAAAGACACAGUGAUAUAUUUGGUGUGGCGAUCCAUUGAGUGACAUAUACGAACCACAAAUACUUGAUAAUGCUGCAGCAAUUUGUAUAUAAGUUAACAGGAUACGUAAAAUACCAAAAAACAAAACCCAACAUACAGUUUUCUCAUUAUUUUGAAUUAUAUCUAAGAUAUCUCAUAAGUUCUGAUAUAUGUGAGUUCUGCACAAUUUUACUGUAUGAGGAAUAACUGGGGUAAGAGAAAAGGAGGAUUCUAUUGAUGGGGUCCUGUUGAUUCUUGGUUGUGAUUGAUAAUUGAGAUUUGAUUGUAAAGCCUCAUACAUACAUGUACUGAAAAACAGUGUUUAGGCUUUGUUUUAUAAACCGUUAAAGUCCGUUACUAAGGGGGUCAUUCCGAGUUGUUCGCUCGCUAGCAGUUUUUUAGCAGCCGUGCAAGCGCUAAGCUGCCGCCCUCUGGGAGUGUAUCUUAGCUUAGCAGAAGUGCAACCGAAUGCAUCGCAGAACGGCUACAAAAAAAUAUUGUGCAGUUUCUGAGUAGCUUCAGACCUACUCAGCGCUUGCGAUCACUUCAGACCAUUCAGUUCCGGAUUUGACGUCACAAACACGCCCUGCGUUCGCCCAGCCACGCCUGCGUUUUUCCUGGCACGCCUGCGUUUUUUCGAGCACUCCCUGAAAACGGUCAGUUGACACCCAGAAACGCCCACUUCAUGUCAAUCACUCUGCGGCGGCCAUUGCGACUGAAAAGCUUCGCUAGACCUUGUGUGAAAAUACAUCGGCCGUUGUGAAAGUACGUUGCGCGUGCGCAUUGCGCCAUAUACGCAUGCGCAGAAAUUACUUUUUUUUACUUAAUCGCAGCAAACAUUUUCAGCUAGCGAUCAACUCGGAAUGACCCCCUAAAUCCUUGAUUUUACACAUACGUUAUGUAACUAAUGCUGGGUGCACACUAGACGAUACAUUCCAUGAGCGAUAUCAUCAGUGUUUCCCUUUGACAUACCAGGCAAACGAGGUAGUACAUACACACUGAACGAUAUCGUUCAAUGAUGCCAUCCUGCCUCUUUCCUGAACAUGCAUCGUCAGCGACAUAGUCAAAAUUGACCUGCAUGUACAGACGACAGAAGCCCUCAUUAACGACCCGCGGGAGUACGCAUCAUUAAUGAUAUUGUGCGUACACACUGGACGAUAUUACAAAUUAUAUUUCUCUAAAGGGUGAAAAUGAGCAAUAUCGUUUAAAAUAUCGCCUAGUGUGUACACCGCUUAAGGGCCGGAUUCUGAUUUGUACACAAAAGCCUGUGCAGCUGAUCUGUCAGACUGCGGACUCCACAACCACUGCAAGUGAAGCAGCAACACAGAAAACAUUACAGAAGCCCAACCGGAGCCAUCGCAGGGUCCUCAGCAACUGCAUACACAUAUUCACCAUCGAUGCAGAAAUGAGGAACAUCGACUCCCCAAUGGCAAAGGCCUAUGUUCACGCAACAGAGUGAUUAUUGGCAAAUUGUGCAUGUUCUGCGAUCGCACUAGCAAUGAGGAUUUUAUGGAAAAGCGAGUGACAGGAAGGCACCAUUUGGAGGUGUUAACAGGGAGUGGCGGCAAAAAUGCAGAGGAGUCAUUGCUGUUUUCAGGGCGUGUAUUUGCCGUCAGCUGCGAUCAUGUACACAGAGAAACAUGGCGCUAGCGUCGCUACUGCCGCAUUCAGUCUACGUAGCCAUAGGGCAUGCGAAUGUGUACGCAGUUGCGAACGAGUUUGCAAUGGCGCCGGUGGGCGUCUUUUUUUUAUGCCAGGGCGGCAGCCUCACUUGCUGACAUUCGAAGCUCCGUAGCCUAGAAAAAUUACAAUUGCAUUUGCAUACAAACCAUGAAGCCCAAAAUCAUUCUAGUUUAUCCGGGUUCAAUACAAUAACUCUUAUUCCUGGUUAUAAUUAAAUUAAGGAAUGGAUAAUUAACCCUCCCUGCCAUUGUACUCGUACCCCUCGCUCCCCCUUCUCUUCUUCCCGUUUCUCUUCUAGGAUUUUCUAUGCAGUAUUAAGAAAAAAUAUUAAGCAUUAUAUUAAGCUUGAAUGACAACACAAAAUAGUUUUUUUAAUUGUACUUUAUUUAGUUCACAAUGUUGUAUAAACAGAGAUUACAGUUCAGGGUAUUUGUUCCAUACUGACAAAUUAAACUGAAUGUUACUUUUUUAUAUUGACUAUGUCUAUUAAUAUUGUUAUUCACACUGUUUUAAUAAAGAGAUUAAUUACAAAAAAAGAGGAAAAUGUCUAAAAGAACACACACACAA